CGUUUUCGAGCGGAGAGCAUCCAUCAUGGACACGAAGGAGGCGAUUACGACGAUGGAAGGCGCGAUCAAGUACGCCGUCAAAACUAUGGACGAUUUCUUCGACCCCAACAUUGAUAAGGAUCGCCGCAUUCCUGUCGACCUCAUGCAAGAUGCCAAGGGCCUUGCAUUUCUCACAGUCAUUAAGGCCGGGUUCAUUUGGACCGGAAAGGUUGGCACGGGGCUUGUCAUUGCCCGGCUUCCAGACGGACGCUGGUCGGCGCCGUCGGCGAUUGGUACGGUUGGUAUGGGCGUGGGAUUCGAAGCGGGGGGUCAAAUCAUCAACUUUAUGAUCAUCCUGAACUCGGACGCGGCAGUCAAAUCAUUUCGUUCGAAGGGGCAACUUUCUGCUGGUGCCAACUUGGAAUUCGCCGCGGGGCCGUACGGCCGUGCAGCUGGCGCCAACGCAAACCUCAGUACGGCUGGUGUUGCGCCCAACUACACGUACAGCCACAGCAAGGGUUUGUUUGGAGGCGUGGGACUGCAAGGGUCUGCGAUUGCUGCGCGCGCCGACAUCAACAAGUCAUUUUAUGGUCGCGAAAUCACCCCCACCGAAAUCUUGACCGGGGCCGUGGAGCAACCGACCGCGGCUGCGCCGCUGUACGAAGUGAUCGAGCGCAUUUUGGCGUUGCCGUCCCAAGGCAAUCCCCUGAAGAACCUUCCGUCCAUUCCAACGAUGUCGAUUCCUGCGAUGCCUGCUAUGCUUCGACGAGGGGUCAGCGCGGACGCUUUGCCGCCACCGGCCCAAGGCGCCGACAUUCAAGCUGUGUACCACCGAGUCAUCACCACGAUUGAAACCCUUGCCGGUGAGCAAUUUGCAGAUGACUUCAAGAUCAAGUGCAAAGAAUUUGGCCAAAACAAGAUGACCAGCGAAGCCUUUACGACGUAUAUGUCGCAAGCUUUCAAUGCGCAUCAACGAGUCACGCUGUAUCCGGACGUGGUGAAGCUCCUCCAAGACAAGCCGAAGCGCCAAGCUCUAUGGGACGACUAUUUACUCGCCAAGGAACAAGCGACUGCCACGGCACCGCCGCCGUCGACGGCGGAGAACCCGUCGUUAUUUUAGGAGCACUCCCUUUGACUCGAUUGUGUGUCACCUGCAAUGCAAUCGUCGCUAGUUCAUGAUGCGCGUUGGGCGAAGGCAUUCGUGGCAAGGCACGCCAUGGCGCCGCUGGUGGCGAUGGAAGGUUUUGUGUGCCAGCAACGGGCGAUGCUUCGUGAAGGCAAACAAUAAAUUGGACAAACAACAUCGACGGCUACGCGGGAGCGAUGAUCAGGUAUAACGAGAGGCCGCCAUGUACAGUGCCCACGAUCGCGAGAGGCCGUCGUCCAAAGCGACCGUUUGCAACUUGCUCAUGGCGACGUCGGGGUGGACCGCCGCGUAGUUGAGGUACAACAGGGACAAGGCAGCGUCGUGCUCGCGG